AAAGCAGCAGAGCAAGCCCCGAGGAUCCCGGUGGAGUGCAGCUGGGAUGCGAGGCUGACAGAGAUGGGGAAGGAGGCACUGGCGUGAGCCCUGCGGAGAGCGCGACAGGGAAGGCUGGCGCUCUCCAGAAGAGAAGUGUGACAGUAUCCUAUGAAUCCUAAACCAGGUGUUCAGUGAUGCAGAUCUUCCAAAGAAACAUGAAAGCCAAUCCCAAAAGAAGUCACUGAUGGGGAAGAAGUGCAACAUGAGAGGUAAAAUGAAGAACUGGCCUUUUGAGAAUAGCUGCUGGGAGCUGUGACAAACCAAGAGACCAGAGGAUUACUACACAGCUCCUGCAGAUUCUCAUCUAAGGCAUCGGCUCAGCCUUCCAGCAAGUGUAUGCUGAGGCGUGGGUUCAGCAGCCAGGGAUGGAAGUGCUACGCCGUUCCUCAGUCUUUGCUGCAGAGGUGAUGGAGGUUUUUGACAGGUCUCCCACUGACAAGGAGCUUGUGUCCCAAGCCAAGGCUCUCUGCAGAGACUACAUAAAUUCGAGGCUAAUUCGAGCGGGUGUCAGCUGGGGCAAACCUGAGUACAGUGCACCAGUGCCUGGCGGUAAGCUGGCCGAGGUGUCCACCAUACUGCUGCGACUAGGGGAUGAGCUGGAAUACAUUCGCCCCAACGUCUACCGGAAUAUCGCCCGCCAAUUGAACAUCUCGCUGCACUCGGAGACGGUGGUGACGGACGCCUUCCUGGCAGUAGCUGCGCAGAUUUUCACUGCAGGCAUAACAUGGGGCAAGGUGGUGUCUCUCUAUGCUGUGGCAGCUGGGCUGGCGGUGGACUGUGUGCGGCAUGCACAGCCAGCCAUGGUUCACACCAUCGUAGACUGCCUGGGAGAGUUUGUCCGCAAGACCUUGGUGACAUGGCUGAAAAGGAGAGGAGGCUGGGCAGACAUCACAAAAUGCGUGGUGAAUACUGACCCCAGCCUUCGCUCCCACUGGCUCGUGGCCGCUGUUUGCAGCUUUGGCCACUUCCUCAAGGCUAUCUUCUUCGUCCUGCUGCCCGAGAGAUGAAUCCGAGUUGCCAAGUGCAGCCCCACUACCCCAUCUCCUCCCCCGCUCCAGAAGCAGUGGUUUAUGGCAGUCUCUGAAGAGGAGGAAGAGAAGAACCGGGACAAACAAAAGGCUUGUUCUCCUCUCCCUUCAGCUGGGAGCAGAUGAUCAACCACAGCCUCCUUUUUGCAGCCACAGGAGCCUCUCUCACCAUUAAUCCUUUCAAGAGUCUUGUUUCCCUCGGUGACUUGUGUGUGUGGCCUGGACAUUGCCAGUCCCUGGGCACGCUGAUUGCAGCGUGGACUGUCGGACGUCUGUUCCUUGCGGCUGUGUUGCAUGCUUAUGCUAGUGCGAGGCAGAGGGGAGGAGGAAGGGGAUAUUAUUUGAAAUGGGAUAGAAAAUAGGAGAGGGGGAGAGUCCCUCCUUCGGUCCACGUGAUUCCCCUUUCAGUCCUCAGACUCGCCUUGCGUCGAUUCUUGUCGUUACCUUUGUGCUUAAACUCCAUCUCCUCCUUUAUACCUAACUCUGGCUUGCUGGGCUCUGCCCCCGGCACAGCCCAGUGGAGGGGAUAAUGCAGCUGUGGGUUUUUAACGUGAUAAAAACAAACAUACGGUCGUCAGGUGCUUCUCCCUGGCAUAUCUUGGAAAUCAGACUGAGUGGCUGCGUGAGGGCGGACUAGAGGGCAGUUGCAUGUGAUGCGGUUUGCAAGUGUAUUUCGUUGACCCCUCUUACCGCGCUCACACGCCGUUUCGAACAGGAGAGCGAGGGGCGACGCCUUCAAGCAACAACUCGGGAUUGAAUUUCAUGAAGAAGAAAAAUGUUUUCUCCACUGAGAUUGUGUCAGAGCUAAGCGUGGAAGUAGGAAAGGCUGGGGGGCAUGGGCAGGAAUUAGGGAAACAGUAAGUGAACUGUCUGGUGUUGUGAAGGGGGAAAGCUAUGUUAAAAGUAGCUGAUUUAUGUUUCUCCUUUAAUGUCUUCCGAAGUGCAACUCGCAGUCGUCUUUGUGGCAAACAAUAAAAGAAAAUAGGUGGUGUUUCACUAUUGCAAAGGGUAUUGUAUUUGUUUCCAGAGUUAAAAAUUCCAAAAAAGGCCAGAGCAGUGCAGAGACAAACACUCAGGCCAUGCUAAAAAUACUUCAGCUUUUCCCCUGGUAGAAUAUGUUAACGUGUUAAAACUACAACUGGCCCGGUUCAGGCUAGGAAUUUAACCCAUGUUGUUACCAUGUCAGAAACGUGCUGUUUUCACCGACCGAAGUGGGGCCUCGCUGCCGUCGGCAGGGAAAGGCCGUGGAGCCUCUUCUCUGCCAAAGCCUCGCAGGAGACGCCCUGCUCGGUGCCUUGCUCCCAAGAGCCUGGCGUCGCAGAAAAACACUGUUCUGGAUUAAGACCAUGUGGCAUUACAGGAGGUUUUGCUGGGUUUUUCUUCCUGAUUUCUCUCCCGGCCCUGUGUUUAGAGGGGCUUUACUGUUUCCAUCCAGAAGUUACAAAUGGGUUUGAGAAUAAAGCAAAGCCUUUACUUUUCAGUUAUAUCUCUGUGACAGGUUUCUACUAGCAGUUAGUAGUGCUGUGCUCUGACCAACAGAACCACUGGCAGAGGUGGUUGUACCCUUGCACGGUCCUGCUUUUGACUGGUUUAGCCUUUUGCACUUCUGCUGAUGCCUCGACGUAUGGGUACCGGGCCCAGCUUUACCCCGUAGUACUACACCCGCAGUGAAGAGUGCUUGACCAGCUCAGUCUACUGGUACUUUUUCCGUAGUAAAGUAAUUCUUGUGGAGCAAAACCCUUAAAAGACAACCUCCCCCCGUCCCCAAUCCCCCAACAAAAACACUCGCCGAGAUGGAGAAAGCCUCCCGUUCCGUAUGGAAGCUGCGUGCUGCCUUAGACAGUGCCUAGGCAGGCUUUGGCUACGCUAUUAAAAGUUGGGGGGGUUUGUACUGACAAAGCUCCCAGUGUGGAUGCAGCUGAUGGUACCGGAGGUUGGGGCAUUUUUGUGUAUGUAUAAAGCUUGCAGCAGUUCCCCAAAUAAAACCAAAUU